AUGCCUCUUUCUUCCCUUAGGAAGUUUCCUACAAACCGUUUCUUCUCCGCCUAUUGGGCGGACCGCUCUAUCGCGCUGAGCUGCAGAGCUUUUCCGUCGAAUGGAAGCGUAGAGGAGGAGGGACAGCCCAACCAAAAAGGCGCGCUGGCGGGGAUUCCGGUAUCAUCCCGCCCUUUCCGCUUCCGGCAUCGCUUUGCCUCCUGGCGGUCUGGGUGUUACCGGAGCUGGCAGCCGGAAGUGAUCGAGACCGGAAUGGCUAUGCCUGCUGUGGGGUCUGUGAAGCUGGCGUUGCAGGUUGCUGAGGUGCUGGAAAGUAUCGUGAGCAAGUGCAUGGGCCCCGAAGGGCAGCAAGUUCUGUGUACGAAGUCCACCGGCGAGGUGCUGCUCAGCCGAGAUGGAGGCCGCCUCCUGGAGGCGCUGCACUUAGAGCAUCCCAUAGCCAGGUUGUUGGUGGCAUGUGUUUCCAGUCAUCUCAAAAAAACUGGAGAUGGUGCUAAAACGUUUAUUAUCUUUCUUUGCCAUUUGCUCAGAGGGCUUGAUGCAACCACAGACAAAGAAACAGAUGCUUUAGUUUCUGAAAAUACUCAAGCCCAUGGGAGGCAUUGGAAAAAUUGUUCUCGGUGGAAAUUUGUUUCUCAAGCUCUUGUAAAGUUUCAGACACAGAUAUUGGACUACUUUAUGGACCAGUGCUUAAGUAGACACUUUCUGUCCAUCUUUUCUUCAUCCACUAAAGAGAAAACAUUAUGUAGGAACUCUAUAGAGUUGCUCUUAGAAGCAUAUUUUUGUGGACGAGUUGGGAAAAAUAACCACAAAUUUAUUUCACAGUUGAUGUGUGACUACCUUUACAAGUGUAUGGCUUAUACAAGUGGGAUUGAAGAAGUAUUUGAGUUAGUGGAUGACUAUUUUGUAGAAUUGAACAUUGGUGUCCCUGGCCUUCCUGUUUCAGAUUCCAAAAUCAUAACUGGACUUGUGCUACACAGAGAUUUUUCUGUGUACUGCCCAGCAGACGGUGACGUAAGAAUAGUGAUAGUUACAGAAACCAUCCAGCCUUCUUUUUCAGAAUCUGGAUCAGAGUUUGUUCUUAAUUCAGAAGCACAAUUUCAGGAAUCUCAAUUUUGGAUUAUGGAAAGGACAAAAGCAAUAAUGAAAUAUUUACAGAAUCAGAACAUCAAAUUGCUCCUCUCUAGUGUGAAACAACCAGAUUUAGUUACCUAUUAUGCAGAUCUGAAUGGAAUAUCAGUGGUGGAGUGUUUAUCAGCAGAAGAAGUUUCUCUCAUUCAGAGAAUCGGUGGUCUUUCUCCUUUUGUACUACCACCCAUCUGUUCACAGCAUGAAAUCUCUAACACUGCCUUAGUGAAUUUUUGUAAGCCCCUUAUCAUUAAAUCCAAAAGGUAUGUUCAUCUUGGCUUAAUUAGCACAUGUUUAUUUAUACCACACUGUAUAGUUCUUUGUGGACCAGUGCACGGACUUGUUGAACAACAUGAGGAUGCUUUACGUUCAGCAUUUAAAAUGCUUCGGCAGUUGUUUAAAGACCUUGAUCUAAGUUACAUGACACAAACCAUCAACCAAAAUUCUACACCAAGUCCUCUUAUUUGUAAUAGUAGAGAAAGUGAACUGUUUGAAGAAACUGGUAAUGAUUCAAUACAAAGACUGUGUAGGGACCCAGUUGUAAAGAACAAAGAUGAACUGGCAAUUGUUGAAACACAUUUAAUAUAUUCAAAUUUGGAGAUUCCAAGUGUAGAGUUAGAAACACACAUCCCAUGUUCAACACCACAACUUAUACCAGUAGAUACAUACCAAACAGAUGACACACUGAGAGGUUUAUCUCAAAACAAAACCAGAAUGCAUAAUCGUGAACCAUUAAUUCCGAGUAAGUCCACUGACCGCCCAACAACACAAAACACUAAAAUAGAAAUGUCUUACGAAAAUGUACAGGUCAAAAAAAGUGUUGGUAUGAGGAACACAUUACCACUAAGUUGUAAGUCACUGGAGAGUUGCAAUUCCUCAUCUAUAUCAGCAGGUUGUGUUUUACCUGUGGGUGGUAAUUUUGAGAUCUUGUUACAUUACUAUCUAAUCAACUAUGCCAAAAAAUGCCAGCAAUCUGAGGAAACUGCAGUUAGUAUGAUAAUAGCUAAUGCACUUUUAGGCAUUCCCAAAAUCCUUUAUAAGUACAAGAAAGGAAAGUACAGCUUUCCACAAAUAUAUGUAAGAAGUUUAUAUGCACUGCAAACCAAUCAACCCAUGGUAUGCACUCAAACAGGCUUAGAAUCGGUAGCUGGUAAAUAUCAGUUGCUAACUUCAGUUCUUCAGUGUUUGGCAAAAAUUUUAACCAUUGAUUUAGUAAUCAAUAUUAAGAGACAACCUCAGAAAGUUUAUGAGCAAGAUUCAGAAGAUGAACUGUGA